UAAUAUACACGAACGACGUAAUCGAUACGACGUAAAAAUGUCUGAGAUAACAGAUUUUGGCCCGAGAAAAACGAUUUUUAUAUUGGCUAUUGUGGCUGGAUGCUUUGCGGUAUUGUGGCCAAAAAUCUUUUAUCCCAUGCUCACAGCUUCUGUCAAUUCACAUCAUUCGUCUUCUGAUGCAUGCUGUGAAGUAUUAUUCGAAAGCGAUGUUACUGCUUUGGACAUUAUGCAAGAAAUGUGUCAAAAUAUAUUGAGACAUCAUCAAGUUGAUCCACGAGUGAAAGAUGCCUUUAAAACUAGCAAAAUGGCACCACAAAUUGCUAAUUUAUGUAAGGAUGAAGUUUUGGCAAGAUGUGGGAUAGAUUUGUCAAUCUUUCUGGCGGAAAAGGAACGUCUUGGAAAAACUUCUAAACAAGUUUUGGAAGAAAUUAGAUCAUUCAAUAGUUCUAUAUGCCUUAAAAUGAAUUUUGGUAUACCGUUAUCACAGUUGGGAAUACCACAUCUUAUAAGAUAUCACAUCUUAAUGCCCCAUAUUACUCUAAGGCAAGAAAGACGUACUCCACCUCAUGCAGGAGGUCUUCAUCCAGCAUUAAGGGAACGUGGAAGAACUAUACCUAUUUCGCACAUUGUACCAAAAAUAGUAGACAGACCUGAUCAUGUAAUGCCAAAAAUGAGACCACCUAUGGGAGGUGCUGGUCAUGUAGUACCAGCACCAAAAGGAAAUGGAACUAUGGGAGUUAUUAUGCCCCUCUAUACAUUAGGCAUUGUGUUGUUCUUUUUGUAUACUAUUGUUAAGGUAUUGAGGAAGAACUCUGAUAGUGAGAUUAUCUCAGAAUAUCCAGGAGCAGCUGCUGAGAAAGAAUUUCGAAAAAUGGUAUUUAAUCCAGAUUUACUUGCUAGCGCAAUGACAGGAGGUACAAUGCAUUAUCAAAAAGAACAAUCCCCAUAUAAACCUGCACCAACUAUAGAGGAAUUGAAUAAUCAAGCGGCAGGAGACAUAGAGAUAGAUCAGCUGAGACGUCGUUUGGACGAGACGGAAGCAGCCAUGGAAAGAAUUGUUGUUCAGAUGGGCAACAUAUCACGUUCAGUGAUGCAUAGCCCAAGCUCACAGCCAGAAAUCAAGGAAGACUCCACUGUCCAGGAAACUUAUAGUACUGAAGAUCAAGAAGUAGAAACCAUAGAACAAUCACCAACAGUUAAAGUAAUGGGUAUGGAAAUGACUGCCAGCUGUGAAGGUGGACAAAAAUGUAGUAGACCUACCACCCCCAUAAUACCCCCACCCCAUAGUCAAACUGAGAGGGAGAAGACACCACCAGUACCAAUCUAUUUAGAAGGCGCUUUACCUCCACAAUGUGAAUUACUUGUAACGGAUUCAGAAACUCAAGAACAAAAAGCAGAGGAAAGUGCUGAAGCGCCCGUAAUUCUCUCAGGCAAAAUGACACUCUCUCUCAUCAGUCUCGACCAGAUUGCAGCUGAAUCUGAAGAUGAAAAUGAAGUGAUGGAAGAAGCAGAAAGUACUUCCAUUAUAAGAUCAAUGAACGAAAAUGAACGUGAAGUAAAAGAGCAAGCAAUAACGAUGAGUAAUGAGGAACAAUUGAAUGAUUUAGAGAAAGAAUUACAAUUUAAAACACAGUUAUACAGCUCUGAUGAAGAUGAAGGCGAGGAAGAAGAAGAGGAAGAGGAAGAGGAAGAGGAAGAGGAGGAGGAGGAGGAAGAGGAGGAAGAGGAGGAAGAGGAGGAGGACGAGGAAGAGGAGGAAGAGGAGGAAGAGAGGGAGGGAGAGGAAGAGGAGGAUGAAUAUGAGUAUGGUUAUGAAUAUGAAGAUGAAAUUGAGUUUGAAGAAGAGGCAACGGGAGGAACGUCAUAUUGCCUACGAGAAUUACUAUCCGAUUCUUGAUCCAUUUAAUAAGGACAUUUUGUGUUCUUAAGUUUAAAUAAAGAAAAAAACAAUGCUUUUAAGAUAAAUGAUUUUUUCUUUAAAAUUAAUCUCUGUUAUCUAAGAAAAAUACCUAUAUCUUACUUAAUCGAUUUACUGUUAUGGUUGUAAAAAAUAGAUUUGAAAUAAAUUAAGUUUUUUAUGAUAAAAGAA